AUGAGUUUGAAGGGGAUUCUAGGCUUCGAAUACGGAAUAGUUCAGGCGCCAUUAGGGCCAGACAUCUCCGGACCGGAGCUUGUAGCCGCCGUCGCUAAUGCCGGAGGGAUCGGUCUUCUCAGAUGUCCUGAUUGGGAGUGUCCUGAUUACUUGAGAGAGCUGAUAAGGAAGACAAAGACAUUGACAGAGAAACCGUUCGGGAUCGGUGUUGUGCUUGCGUUUCCUCACGAGUUAAACAUAAAGACAAUCUUGGAAGAGAAGGUUGCUGUGUUGCAGCUUUAUUGGGGUCAAUGUUCAAAGGAGCUUGUGGAUGAUGCUCACCGUGCCGGUGUCAAAGUUGUUCCUCAGGUUGGGAAUGUGGAAGAAGCUAGAAAGGCAGUUGCUGUAGGAGUAGAUGCGAUUAUAGUGCAAGGGCAUGAAGCAGGAGGGCAUGUGAUUGGGAAGGAUGCUCUGUUUUCAUUGUUGCCAAGAGUUGUGGAUGUGGUCGGGGAACGCGACAUUCCGGUGAUCGCUGCUGGAGGAAUUGUGGACGCACGCGGUUACGUCGCAGCCUUGUCGCUUGGUGCUCAAGCGGUGUGUCUAGGGACAAGGUUUGUGGCAACUCACGAGAGCUACGCACACCCAAUAUACAAAAGGAAGUUGGUUGAAUAUGAAAACACCGAAUACACAGAUGUGUUUGGAAGAGCAAGGUGGCCUAAUGCGCCGCAACGCGUUCUGCAGACACCCUUCUUCGAUGACUGGAGAUCUCUUCCGGCUGAUGAGAAUGAAGUUAACCAGCCGGUUAUUGGACGUUCCACCAUACAUGGCGUCGAAAAAGAGAUAAGAAGAUUUGCAGGAACUGUACCAAACAUGACAACAACGGGAGACUUAGAGAGUAUGGCCAUGUAUGCAGGCCAAAGCGUAGGCCUCAUCAAAGAGAUUUUACCGGCUGGAGAGGUAGUUAAAACUCUUGUGGAAGAAGCUCAGCUUCUGAUCCUCAAAAUGUCCAACAAUGCUACAUGA